AUGGCAGUGGCAAUGCGACUCACCUACCACGCCCACGUGUUCCUGGUCCCUCUCCAUUCCUCUCCAUCCCCCUCCACCUUUCCCACCCUCCACUCCCACCUUGCCCUUUUGAUCUACCCAUCCCCCUCUUUCCCCAACCAUCAGAUCCUCGCGAAUCUCAUGGCAGUGGCGGUGCGGCUCACCGACCGCUGGCACGUGUUCCCUUUUUGCCCUUCCCCACUCAUUCAUACCAUCCCACUCUCCCUGACUCACCGUUCCCCAGCCCCCUCCCCUCCUGUAUCAGAUACUCGCGAAUCUAAUGGCCGUGGCGGUGCGUGCGUCUCACCGACCGCGGGCACGUGUUCCUGGUGGUGUGCCUGGCCCUCUCCAUCGCCCUCUCAUCCUCCCUACCCCACUCUCCCUGAACCAACCACACCACCACACACACACCCCCCACCUAUCCCCCUUGAUCAGAUCCUGGCCAAUCUAAUGGCAGUGGCGGUGCGACUCACCGACCGCGGUCACGUGCUCCCUUCUUUCCCUCCUUACCCACCCUACCCCUCACCCCCUCCCUGCUCUCCCCACCGUCAGAUCCUCGCCAAUCUCAUGGCGGUGGCCGUGCGUCUCACUGACCGCGGUCACGUGUUCCUGGUGCUGCCCUCUUCAUCCCUCUCUAUCCCUCUCCACCUUUCCCACCCUUCGCUCCCUCCUUACCCUUUCAAUCUACCCAUCCCCCUCUUUCCCCCCAUUCAGAUCCUCGCCAAUCUCAUGGCAGUGGCGAUCCUCGCCAAUCUCAUGGCAGUGGCCAUGCGUCUCACUGACCGCGGCCACGUGUUCCUGGUGGUGCGCCUGGCUCCGGACGACGAUGAGAUGCGGCGCAUGGCGGAUCCCAACUCGCCUGACGACAUGGAAGACCCAAAUUCGCCUGACGACAUGGAAAGUGCGUUGAGUGGCUCACCGCACCGCAUCUGUGCCCACCGCAUCUGUGCUCAACGCAGUGCUCACCGCAUGCGGUGGGCACAAGUGGAUAGGGGUUACUUGUGCCCACCGCAUCUGUGCUCUGCUCCCCUUCUUGUCUUCCUCGUGCUGCGCCCGGCGCCUGGAUUGGACAUGAGAUGA